GAGCUGGCUCCUCAGGAUAGCAGUGGCUACAUGGAUAUGGGUUUGUCCCAGAAGGCUCGUGGAGACGGUGCCCCGGCCCUGGGAGGAGAGCAGCUCAGAGGGGGCCGGCCACCGGUGCCCCGACCCCCUGGGUAUAACCAGGCGCUGCAGGGCGAUCCGAGCGUCAUCCUCCAGAUCGCUGAAAAGGAGCAGGAGCUGCUGGCCUCACAAGAGACAGUGCAGGUCCUGCAGAUGAAGGUGAAGCGUCUGGAACACUUGCUCCAGCUCAAGAACGUGCGCAUCGAUGACCUCUCCCGGCGGCUCCAGCAGGCGGAGCGCAAGCAGCGGAGAAAGGACCACUUUCCACAGCCCAGAAAACCAGUACGAACACGUGGCAUAAUUUCCCAAACCAUGUCCACUUUGACGCUCCCGGCGCUGGGCCUGGAGAGGCCGACCUUGGGCAGGCUCCACACCAGUAGAAGCGGUUCCCUUCUCAGCUUAGAAGAUAGCCCCGGCUCCAUCCAAGCUAGUUCUCCACGGCCUCGGACACGCGAGAAGCCACCCUCGGAAACUGAGGAGUUCUCUCGCCCCUCUUGUGGGCCGGCAUGGGACCCAUCUCGGGGCUGGAGACCACAGAAGCUGGAGAGGAAGGGAUAAGCAGCCAGGAGUAAGGGCGGCAUCCAGCUGUGCAAUCGCCCUCCUCUCUGGGAGCAUUGUAAGGAGGGCCUGGUGAAGACAGGGCAGCGUUGUCUCCAUUAAAGGUGGUGUU